AUGUGGCUGGAGGAAGCUCAGAGGCCUCCGCCACGCACCUGGGGUUCCCCCUGGCCUUCUGCAGCCCCUCAAGCAGGGGACUGCUCUGAUAGGCACCCAGCACGCAAUGUCCCAGCCCCACGGCAGCCCCCGUGCAGCCUGGAAGAGUUUGCCAGCCGUACCACCCUCCACGGCAUCCAUCGCAUCUUCCAGCACCGGCGCUACACCGUCCGCAACUUACUGUGGCUGCUGGCCUUCCUGGGCUCGCUGGCCCUCCUUAUUCAUGCCUAUGCCAAGUGUGUGGGCUUGUACUUCCAGUAUCCCCACAGCACCCAGCUGGAGGAGGAGGCAGAGCACAACAAGACCUUCCCUGCCGUUACCAUCUGCAACCUCAACCCUGCCCGCCUCUCACAGCUCUCCAGCCACGAUCUGUACUGGGCAGGGGAGAUUCUGGGGCUCCUGGAUAGUGCCGGCCAGCUCUUGGUGCCAGAAAGCCCUGAGAGGAGCAGGUUGGAGGCUGUGCUGGGGACACUGGCCAUGAGCGAGGAGGAGAAGAGCCGUCCCUUCCACCUGGAGGAGUUUUAUGAGCGUGCGGGCCACCAGAUGGAUCUGGGCGAGAUGCUUGUCCGCUGCACAUUCGCCAAGGAGGACUGCAACAGCAGUGACUUCCAGACAGUCUACACACGCUAUGGUAAGUGCUACACCUUCAAUGGGGAUCGGAGGAAUCCACGUGUGACCCGCCAAGGUGGCAUGGGCAACGGGCUGGAGAUCAUGCUGGACAUCCAGCAGGAAGAGUACCUGCCCAUCUGGAGAGAGACCAACGAGACAUCCUUUGAAGCUGGUAUCCGGGUCCAGAUCCACAGCCAGGAUGAGCCACCCUAUAUCCAUCAGCUGGGCUUUGGUGUCUCACCUGGCUUCCAGACCUUUGUGUCCUGCCAGGAGCAGCGGCUCACGUACCUGCCACAGCCAUGGGGGAACUGCCGGGCCAGCAUGCAGGGGGAGCAGCUGCUGCCCGGCUAUGACACCUACAGCAUCGCUGCCUGCCGCCUCCAGUGUGAGAAGGAGGCCGUGGUGCAGAGCUGCCACUGCCGCAUGGUCCAUAUGCCAGGCAAUGAAUCCAUCUGCUCCCCUAAUGUGUACAUUGAGUGUGCUGACCACACGCUGGAUGCAGCAGUGGAGGACAGCCAGGAGCGCUGCAGCUGCCCCACACCAUGCAACCUGACACGCUAUGGAAAGGAGAUCUCAAUGGUCCGCAUCCCCAACAAGGGCUCAGCACGCUACCUCGCCCGCAAGUACAACAAGAAUGAGACCUACAUUCGGGAGAACUUCCUGGUGCUGGACAUCUUCUUUGAGGCACUCAACUAUGAAGCCAUUGAGCAGAAGAAAGCCUAUGACCUUGCUGGGCUUCUUGGGGACAUCGGGGGGCAGAUGGGCCUGUUCAUCGGUGCCAGCAUCCUCACCAUCUUGGAGAUCCUGGACUACAUCUAUGAGGUGGUCCGAGAUAAGGUGAGCCGGGUCCUGCGCCGCUCCAAGCCACCUCUGAAGAAGCCCUCGGGCAGCAUCGCCACGCUGGGAUUGGAGGAGAUGAAGGACCAGAGCCCCUGUGAGACACUGGGUCGGCACGUGGAGGGCGCCUACAACGCGGGCAUCCUGCCCAACCACCACCACCGCCACCACUACCCUCACCAGGGAGUCUUCGAGGACUUCGCCUGCUAG